UGAUCCUCUGCCUCGCCCACCACCGCACCACCUCCCCUUUGGCUGCUGCACGCAUCUCUGGGCCUCGCUGUUGCAGCUCCCUUGCUACCACCCAGAUUCCUGCUGUUUGGGCUGAACCUUCAGCACGCAGCACUCCCGGUCACCCACCUAUGCGCAUACCCUGCACCUGAGAGCCUCGUUCCCACCAUUUGGGCAUUCCUCCAGCUCCACACCCACGGCAUUCUCGCGGCAGUCGAUCUCGAUGAUCUGAGUGUCACACUGGACGACCACAACGCUGCCUGAUACAAUACCUGUCCCAUUUUGUCGCUAUACAAUCGACUGGCCACGAGCCAGCUUCACUGCCCAACAACAUGAAAGCCGCUCCGCUACUCGUGUCCUGGCACGACGACAACAGCCCCAUCUACUCUGCACAUUUUGAAGCUCAGGGCAAAGGCAGGCUGGCAACUGCAGGUGGGGAUUGCAACGUACGGAUCUGGAGUGUCGAGAGCAAUGGGGAGGAACGAAAAGUGACCUACUUGUCCACCCUCAAGAAGCACACGCAAGCCGUCAAUGUAGUGCGAUGGUGUCCUCGCGGUGAACUGCUUGCCUCCGCCGGUGACGAUGGCAACGUCCUUCUCUGGACCCCGGCCGAUAAUCCAGCAUAUGCUUCGGCAUUCGGCGAUGAUGCGCAAGAGGAUGUUGAACAUUGGCGGGUCAAGACGAUGUGCAGGUCAAAUACUGGCUCAGAGAUAUACGACUUGGCCUGGUCGCCAGACGGAUUGUUUUUCAUCACGGGAAGCAUGGACAAUGUGGCACGGAUAUACAAUGCCUCAACAGGACAAACGGUUCGCCAGAUCGCGGAGCACAAUCACUAUGUGCAAGGCGUCGCAUGGGAUCCGCUGAACGAAUAUGUCGCGACGCAAUCUUCCGACAGAUCGAUUCACAUCUACACAUUGAAGACGAAAGACGGCCAAUUCUCGCUCAGCCAGCACAACAAGGUCACCAAAAUGGAUCUGCCAGGAGGACGACGCAUCUCUUCCAGCAGUCCUGCACCUCCUGACUUUGGUGGUCACCGGGCGUCUUUCGUGCAAGACUUGGUGGCAGAAGCCAUUGGCUCACCAAAACCCUCCGCACCAGGCACGCCACAAUCGUUGGCACUUCCGAUGAACCCACCACCAACAUCUCACAGUCGACGCUCUUCCUUUGGAUCCCAAUCUGUGCGCAGAUCAGUCUCACCUAGCCCAUCUAUGCCGCUCCCUGCCGUGAUGCCUUCGGCUUCGCCGAGCUUAUCGGGCGGUCUUAGCAUGGGUUUAGGCGUUCGAAACACCAACAUCUACGCGAAUGAGACCUUCACCUCAUUCUUUCGCCGCCUGACAUUCACUCCAGACGGAAGUCUGCUGCUGACGCCCGCCGGUCAAUUCAAGACGACUCACGCUGCUUCUGAUGGCAGCAAGAAUACAGAUGAGAUUAUCAAUACCGUGUACAUCUACACCAGAGCUGGAUUGAAUAAGCCUCCAGUGGCCUAUCUUCCAGGGCACAAGAAGCCGUCUAUCGCGGUCAAGUGUUCGCCUGUCCUUUACCAAAUUCGGGCCUCAAACGUGGAAACAAAAGAAAUCACCAUCGAUACACGCACCGAAGAUGACUUGCCACCCCUGCCAGAGCCGGUCAUGCCAACAAAAGCUCCGACUUCGCACUCGGCAAUGGAACCACCUCCUCUGACCAGUGCACCCUCACCAGCCCCUAGUGCGGGAACCACGGCAGCAUCACCUCGACCACGCGCCGAUUCUGAGUCCACUCCAUCAACACCCCUGCCGCCUCCAGGGCCUGUGCCUGCCUUUGGUCUUCCAUAUCGAGUAGUAUACGCUGUUGCUACUCAAGAUGCCGUUCACUUGUACGACACGCAACAGCAGAAGCCUUUGUGCGUAGUAAGCAAUCUGCAUUACGCGACCUUUACAGAUCUGAGCUGGUCGAGUGACGGGCAGACACUGUUGAUGACCUCAACAGACGGCUUCUGCUCAGCCCUAACCUUUGCUCCGGGUGAGCUCGGCACCAUCUAUCAACCUCCUACAAACUCUGCCAGCACCAGGCCGUCACCUGCACCAAUAUCUGUAGCCAAGGCAAACUCUACGGCCUCGACUCCACAACCUACUCCCACUGGUGUGAGUGCUACUGCUACAGUACAGCCGGCCGCGAGCAGCAAUGGAACCGCGGUGCCAUCAUCAAAAGCCCCUCGUGCCUCGCCGUCACCAUUCACUACGAUCACCGGUCAUGUUGGCGGACGCCCUGCGAGCCCUGCACGAAGCAUGUCACAAUCGAGCAUAGCAACCGAUGCCAGCUUUGCACGAGUACCAGAUCAGAACGCACCACCUGUCAUGAACAAUCCAACGCCUUCGUUGACUCCGUUGCCAUCGAUAGCAGCAGCCGGCUCCGGGACCUCAAGCAUGCCUCUGUUCACACCUCCGCAAACGCCAGGGCAAUCCGCUGCCGCUAUGGCUGCAGUGCCACAGGUGCCCGCUCCAGUCUCUGGUGUAAAGAGGGAAAGUAAUGCCGGCGUGGCACCUGAAGGGGAUGAGCAAGGUCGUGAGAAGAGGCGACGGAUUGCCCCAACGCAGGUCAGUGAUGACGUUCCGGCUGUGGCUCCACCACCUCCCCCGGCGCCGAAGGACAGCACGAGUCAAUGACAUUUGCGAUGAGGAGUGCGCAUCUAUUUUUCCGUGGGUUGCAGAUUUAGCCAGGCGUUCGGGUGAAAUGAAUGGAAUGUGUAAUAUUACUUGUGUGUUCAGUACCGAAGUGCGCAGCUGCUGGCCGUCUAUGAUUCCAGCAUAGCGGGAAUGGACAGGAAGGAUUCGGCACGAGCGAUACACACGCUUGUACGCACAGAUAGAAUUGUAAUGAUAGUACAGUGACGGACGAAGGACAAUGACAGCUGAAUGAGUG